AUGCCCAAUUAUGACAAGUUUCUCAAAGACAUCUUAAGUAAGAAGAAAAAACUGACCGAGUAUGAAACUGUAGCUCUUAUUGAAGGAUGUAGUGCACUUCUGACCAACAAGAUACCUCCUAAGCUUAAAGACCCUGGAAGUUUCACUAUUCCUUGUUUUAUAGGUGGGAAAGAGAUUGGGAAAGCUUUGUGUGACUUAGGUGCAAGUAUCAACCUCAUGCCUUUAUCUAUUUUCAACACCUUAGGCAUCAGUGAGGCUAGACCUACCACUGUUACACUUCAAUUGGACAACAAAUCCAUUGCAUACCCUAAGGGAAAGAUUGAGGAUGUUUUAGUGCAAGUUGACAAGUUCAUAUUUCCGGCAAAAUUUAUCAUCUUAGACUUUGAGGCCGAUAAGGACAUUCCUAUUAUAUUAAGGAGACCAUUCCUAGCCACCGGAAGAACUUUGAUAGAUGUCCAGAAAGGAAAGCUGACAAUGAGACUUCAGGACCAAAAGUCACGUUUAAUGUUUUCAAUUCUGUGA